AUGAAGCUUGGUGGGAUCGGGACGGCUUCGGCGGGAGAUCGACAAGAGGCACUCGACGCUCUGAACAAGGAAUAUGACCUUUCCUUGACUUUGCAGCAAUGGGAUCAGUGCGUGGACGAAGCGGUCGGCUGUAGGGAAGACGGGGGUUCGCAGACGGAGCUUCCCACACUGCACUGGGAAAAUACGGAUGGUGGUGGUGCUGGCGGAGGUUCGGGACGCGGUGGCGGUGGCGGUGGCGGUGGCGGGGGCAGUGCUGGUGGUGCUGGCGGCGACGCUGGUGGUGGCGGUGGCGGUGGCGGUGGCGGUGGCGGUGGCGGCAGAGGCAGCUACGUGGCCAGCUUGAUAAUGAAGCAUUACCCUACAGCAUCGGUACCCAUCGCGAACCCGGAUUUUCCGGUAGAAUCCUUCGAACCAUCAACAACCCAGCUCCUCGAGCAGGCGCGGGCAGAACAACGUUACUCCUGCCCUAGAAAUAUCUGCAACCUGACAGGGGUUUUCUCCAACAGGGAUGCUGGAGAGAGGGUGGUGAGACACUUCAAUCACGGCACGAGGGUUGCCAAGAUGCGGGAUGACACGGUCCGGAUGGUGUGCAAGAAGGAUAUGUACGACGAGGUACGGAACACUAACGGGAUGCGUGGUUUGACCCUCGAGCAGUACUUGCCGCAUCUUUAUGACGGCGUAAAAAGCGUUGACGAUCGGAAAGCCGCCGCGCUGGCACGCAAGAGGAAGGGGUCCCCGGUGGCAUGUGGUGGCGGAGGAGGAGAGAGUGAUGGCAAGCGUGCGUGCGGUCGAGCUGGAGCCGGAGCGGGGGGUGGUGUUGGGGUUCGAGACAAGGAGACGACUGCGCCGGCAGCUGCGCCGGCAGCCGCGCCGGCAGCCGGAGAGGGACGUGGUGGUGGUGGUGGUGUUGGGGACAGCGGCGGUGGAGCUGGAGCUGGAGCGGGUGGUGGCGUGGGCGUCCGAGACAAGGAGACGACUGCGCCGGCAGCUGGGGCUGCAGCCGGAGAGGGACGUGGUGGCGCAACACCGACCCUUGACGCCUUUUUUUUUCCGGGGAUGCCGCUGAACCUUGACUACUUCCCUUCUAUGAAAUGGAGGACCUACGAUCGGAAUGCACGUCGGGUAAUCUACGAACCCUCGACAACAGAGCUCUUCAAGCGUGUAAAAGGAACACACGCCUUCCCCUCCGACGUGGUCGACGGGGAAGAGCUUGACGGAGACUCGCAGAAGGUGGCGACAGACUACAAUCUAGGGAAGAUGGUUGCCCGGAGGGGUCACACGGUAAAGUGGGUGCCACGAGAGGUCAUGCAGGUCGAGCUCAAGAAGACUCCGGGAACGACCGACAUGUCCACGGAGCAAUUUCGGCCGCUUUUGGAGGAAGCGGUAAGGCUGAAGGAGCUGACGGAAGAAGCUUACGCGGCGGCGGCGGUGGUACGUAAGAGGAAGGGUGCCCCAACGGGUGGUGAAGCCGACGUGAUGAGGAAGAAGACUGCUCGGGCAGCUGGAACCGACGUGGGGGGUGGUGCCGAUGACACCGGGGGAGUGGAGGACGCACCGGUGGGCGGUCGAGCUGGAGCCGGACAGGAAGGUGGCGUGGGCGGCCAAGACGAGGAGACGGCUACCCAGGCAACUGGAGCCGGAGCGGGGGUUGGUGCCGGUGACAACGGGGAUGGUAAUGGUAAUGACAGCGAAUGUUCUACAGUACUUGAGUAUUGUGGGGCGGAGGAUGCACCACCGGUGGGAGGUCGUGCUCAAGCCGGAGAGGGGGGUGGUGUGGGCGGCCGGGACGAGGAGACGGCUACACAGGCAGCUGGAGCCGGUGCGGGGGUUGGUGCCGAUGACAAUGGGGAUGGUAAUGGUAAUGUCAGCGACUGUUCUACGGAACUGGAUUGUUCACCGGUGGGAGGUCGUGCUCAAGCCGGAGAGGGGGGUGGUGUGGGCGGCCGGGACGAGGAGACGGCUACACAGGCAGCUGGAGCUCCCGUGAACCGGACUUCGACUCUCCCCAGCUUCAGUGGACUGGUCGGUGGCGCCGCUGCGACGGCUGGGACCGAUGGGACCGAUGGGACCGAUGGGACCGACGGGACCGAUGGGACCGCUGGGACCGCUGGGACCGCUGGGACCGAUGGCCACAAAGCCACCCCAGCAUUCUUUGGCGUUGGCGGAGCGGCGAACGAUGAUGGUGGUGGUGGUGGUAGCGGGGGUGCCGGUGCCGGUGGCGGUGGCGGGGCGGCGAACGAUGAUGGUGGAGGCGGGGAAGUUGGCGGUGGAAGCGGGGAAGUUGGUGGUGGAAGCGGGACCACCACCACCACCAACAAGGGUAAACGCCCGGCAAGAUAUGCGGGCGUCGCCCCGUCGGCUGCGGGUGGUAGGGUCGAUUGCUCCGAAACUGAAUCGGACAUCAACGCCGACGAGGACGACGACGGAGCGGGUUCGUCUGGUGGUGCAGACGCUUCGGUAAACAGCUCCGACGGGGAGUACGAUGAUAAGGAACUACCUGGGAGCGAGGAUGUAUCGGUAAUCAGCAUCGACGAUAGUGAUGGGGAGUAA